CUGUUUCCAAGAGAGUAUUCGGUUUCCAGCAGUCAGUCUGAGCAGUACAAAGUAUGUAAAAUACUGAAUUUGCUCAGAUUUAAAUUUUGCAUCUAGGUUAGCCUGCGGGUAACCAAUUUUCUUCUCAACUUCAAGUUUCAAAUUCGAAGUGACAAAAGUGCCUUUUCGAAAUGUUGUGGCUUAUAUUUGUGGCUUCCCUAUUGGUGCUGCUCUACAUCUACUUCACAGGCACCUACAACUUCUGGAAAGAUAAAAAUGUCGACUUCGAACCUCCAAUACCAAUUUUCGGUAAUUUCCUGAACAUCGUCAUCAGAACAGAAGGAAUCGGCAGUAUUAUCAAGAGAAUUUAUGACAAAUAUGAUCCGAACACUCCAUAUUUCGGUAUGUAUUUCUUCCGAACGCCCUUUUUGGUCAUCAAGAGCCAGGAACUGCUGAAGACAGUACUAGUGCGGGAUUUCAGUUAUUUUCCUAACAGACCAACAUACGCUGACGAAUACAUCGAUCCUUGGUCUACCAAGACACUCCUGACUCUGCGAAAUGAAGAAUGGAAAUCACUGAGAAACAAACUCUCAACAGUUUUCACUUCUGGAAAAAUGAAAAUGAUGAUACAUCUGAUGAAAGAAGUGUCUGAUCAAAUGGAAGAGUACCUCGAAGAAAAAAAAUCGGAAGAUGUGGACGUUAGGGAAGUUUCUAGGAGAUUCUUCAUCAACAUAAUCACCAAAUGUGUCUUCGGCAUCAAACCCAACAACUUGAAAGACGACAAUUCCUACAUAAGGAAUCUAGCAAGUCGAUUGAUCGAUAUAGAGAAUUACAAAUGGAUUUUUGCGUUGAUGAUUUACUUCACAUGUCCAAUACUUGUGAAAUUAUGCGGUCUCCAGUUCGUGGAUAAGGAAGCAGCAGAUUAUUUGGUGAAUGUUUUCGAAGAUUCCUAUAAACAGAGGAAGGAGACAAAGAUGGUCACGAACGAUCUUGUUGAUCUCUUGCAUAAUCUCAAAGAGCAAGAGAAGGAAGACGAUUUGUUUAAAUUUGAUAAUAUGAAAUUGGCAGCACAAGCUUUGGUGUUUUUCCAAGCUGGAAGUGAACCAGCUUCUGGAAUUCUCUCAUUCUGUUUGUACGAACUUGCUCUCAAUAAAGAAGUUCAAGAUACUCUGCGAAAAGAAAUACAUAAAAAUAUAGAUGAGGACGAUUUCCUUUCUUACGAAACACUUAUGGAAUUGACAUAUCUGGAUUUAGUUCUGAAAGAGGCCUUGAGGAAGUAUCCCUUGGUGCAGAUUCUCUUCAGAUUGGUGGAAAAAGACUACACGUUCGAAGAGACUGGACUCAAAAUCGAGAAAGGAACAAAUGUGGUGGUUCCUAUGCUGGCUCUCCAUUACGAUCCCAAGUAUUAUCCUAAUCCAGAUAAGUUCGAUCCAGAAAGAUUCAGGGAUGGAAAAAUGAAAGACUUACAAUACGUCUAUCUACCGUUCGGAGAAGGACCUAGAAAAUGUAUUGGUUACAGAUUCGCUGUUAUGUCACUCAAGAUAGCGUUGGCUAUGUUCAUAAAAAGCUUCGAAGUAACGCCAUGUGAAAAGACGGAAAUACCUCUAGAAAUGAACAAGACUUCUUUCUUCAUUUCUCCAAAAUCCAGCUCCAUUUAUUUGAAGGUCAGCGCAGUAGAGAAAUGAUUGAAACUGUGAUCGAAGUGAUGAUUAUUAUUUAUGCCAGCAUGAAAUAUUUAGGUAAACUUUGUCCUUUAUUCAGCUAUCAAGAGUGUCAAAUGGUAAGCAGCGAAAUGAAGACAAUAAAGAAUAUAUUUUGUACAUAAA